AUGGAAGAUGCUGAAGGUGCACAGCUUGGGACUGUAAUUUCUCUUCCUCUUUCCGGACUAAUUUGUUUCUAUAUGAAUUGGACUUAUGUCUUUUACUUUUUUGGUAUAAUUGGAAUCAUUUGGUUUAUUUUCUGGAUCUCCUUGGUUAGUGAAACACCAGUCACUCAUAAGACAAUCUCCCAGCAUGAGAAAGAAUACAUUCUUUCAUCAUUAAAAAAUCAGCUUUCUUCGCAGAAGUCAGUACCAUGGACACCCAUGCUAAAGUCACUGCCUCUUUGGGCUAUUGUAAUUGCCCAUUUUUCUUCCAACUGGACUUUUUAUACUUUAUUGACAUUGUUACCUACUUACAUGCAGGAUAUCUUGAGGUUCAAUAUUCAAGAGAAUGGGUUCUUAUCUGCAGUGCCUUACUUUGGAAGUUGGUUGUGUAUAAUCCUGUCUGGUCAACUUGCCGACAAUUUAAGGGCAAAAUGGAAUUUUUCAACUAUCUGUGUUCGAAGAACUUUUACCCUUAUAGGAAUGAUUGGUCCCGCAGUAUUCCUGAUAGCUGCUGGAUAUAUUGGCUGUAAUUAUUCGUUGGCUGUAGCAUUUUUAAGCAUAUCAACAACUCUGGCAGGCUUUUCCUCUUCUGGAUUUAGCAUCAACCAUCUGGAUAUUGCUCCUUCGUAUGCCGGUAUCCUCCUGGGCAUCACAAAUACAUUUGCUACCAUCCCAGGCAUGAUUGGACCCAUCAUUGCUAAAAGUCUGACUCCUGAAAACACUAUCAGAGAGUGGGAAACGGUUUUCUGCAUUGCUGCUGCUAUUAACGUAUUUGGUGCCAUUUUCUUUGCACUGUUUGCCAAAGGAGAAGUACAAAACUGGGCUCUCAGUGAUCACUAUGGACACCGGAACUGAAGGAACUAAGACAUACCCUGCCUCUAUUUGUGUAUUUCUGUUUAUCAUGUAACCUGAAAGUGCCUUUGCUAAUUUAACAGAUAAUCAGUCUACAGAUGUGAAAAACUGAAUUUGUAUUACAUUAAGGCUUGUAAUCAUGAAAUGCCACUAGUUGCUAAACUAGUAAAAUUAAGUUAUAAUUAAUUAGUGAAACAUGUAUCCUGGA